AUGAGCUUCCUCUCGCGCGUGGUCACUCUCUUUGGCCUGGUCUUGUUGGCUCACGCCGGGUACUCGGCCCACGAGCACACUGUGCUCUUCAGCGCGCGCAUCGCCACUUUACCCCACGAUAUUAUUGUUGAGACCCUUGUCGCCGUGGUGGUUGUAUCUGUGGGACUGGUGCUUGGUGCGGACAAGCUGAAGCCAGUUGGCUGGCGUGAUUGGGCGGGCGAGAUUGAGCGCGAUGGUGGUGCCCGGAAUCCGUAUCUGGGGCUGGAGGAGCGGUAUGGUUUUUGGGAUGUGCGAGCCAAGCGGAAGGAGUUUGCGGAUUGGAUUCGUGGACAGGAUAUGGUGAACAAGGAUUGA